UACCAAAAUCACACGUGUGGAAAUUCUGUCUGAAGCGAGGCAAAAACACUUUGGAACAUGGACACAACAAAAUCAAAAGAGGCGGAAUUCAAACCUUUCAUUCCUAAGCCAAUUUAAUAAACACAUUUCACGUCCGCGUAACCCAAAACACCCACAGCGCGCAUACGCAGACGCGCGGACGCUGGCAGAAAUCAACAAAAUUGAAUCCCAGCUUGCAAUUUCAGUUCCAAAAAGUUGAAAAUUUCAAGUUUUCCUGACGCCGUGGAAUUGGUUUUAGGGUUUCCUUGUUUUGGGCUGCGAGAAAUUGUGAAUCUUUGCUCUGCAAAAGCUGGCGAUGGACUACGAGCCGUACGACAGUAGUGGAACUGACGAUGAUUUUCCUCCACCACAUCAAAAUAGAAUGUCAAGAGGGGGCCACAUUUCUGGUAAUGGAAGGCCUGCCGCUUUGAAUUCUCACCCAUUUCCCCGGAUUUAUGAGGAGACUGACAUGGAAGCUAAAAUUCACCAGCUUGAGCAAGAAGCAUACAGUUCAGUUCUAAGAGCUUUUAAAGCUCAAGAUGAUGCCAUUACUUGGGAGAAGGAAAGUGUAAUUACAGAGCUUAGGAAAGAGUUAAGAUUAUCAAAUGAGGAGCACAGAGAUCUUCUCAGUAGGGUUAAUGCUGAUGAAACAAUCAGACGAAUAAGGGAGUGGAGACAAUCAGGGGGGCUCCAACAAAGCAUUCAUGGUGCCAAUCAACCAGUUCAUGAUGCAGUGCUGAGUCCUUCCAUCUCAGCUUCUCGUAAAAAGCAAAAGAUAGCCCCGCAGUUGCCUUCCGUAUCCUUUGGUGGGCCAUCUCCUUCUUUUCACCCACAGGCAAUUGCUACAACAAACCAGCCAUCCUCCUCAGCUGUCAAGCGUGGACCUAUGUCAGGGACAAAAGGCAAAAAGCAUAAAUCUAUACCACCUGGUUCAUCAACGAAAAUGCGGCAUCCCUCUGGACCGGCUGGAAGAGGUCAAUUCAGCAGCCGCAUUGGGGCACUUCCAAAUGAGCGGCCGCAAGGUUCUUUUGAUCCAUUGAUUGGACGGAAAGUCAGGACCAGAUGGCCAGAUGAUAAUAAUUUUUAUGAAGCUGUUAUAACUGAUUACAAUGCAGUCGAGGGUCGACAUGCUCUUGUUUAUGACAUAGGUACUGAUUUUGAAACGUGGGAAUGGGUCAACCUAGCUGAGAUAUCUCCAGGUGAUAUUAAGUGGGACGGUGAAGAGCCUGGGAUUUCUCGUCAUGGAGGUUAUGGUGGACCUGCCCGUGGGAUCAGCCGACCUCUUGGGCAAGAUAAUGGUCCAGGUUCCGGAAGAGGAAGGGGAGUAGCCAAAGGUCAGUCCAGGAAAGACCUUCCACCAUCCCAAAAUGGCAUUGGAAAGAAAAGAGUGGAUGACAUUCAGUUGCUUCAUACUGAGACUUUGAUUAAAGAGGUGGAGAAGGUUUUUAGUGCUAGUCAUCCAGACCCUGUUGAAAUUGACAAGGCAAGGAAAGUUCUAAAGGAACAUGAGCUUGCUCUGACUGAUGCUAUUGCAAGGUUUGCAGAUUUAUCUGAUGGUGAAAGUGACGAAGGUGGUCGCUUCUUACAUGGCCAAGCACUAGACAGAGCAUAACAACACCCGUGAUGAUAUUUUGGGAUGAAGGAAGGAGGGAUGGCGAUAAAUUGUCAUUUUGUGUAACUAUUAUCGAUAUGGUAGAAUACUGAUCGAUUUAGGGGCUGUUGUAUUAUGUCAUAAUUCAGGUUACGUUCCCUAACAUAAUGUUUGUUAGUCUGGUAAUUUAGCAUAUAAAAGCCAAGUCUGUAGGUGCAUGAGCCUUUUGUCCUUAGAAUUUUAGUGUCUGUAAAAUAUUAGAGGUGACAUUUAACAUCUCGCAUGUAAAAAUUUUGUUCAUGUGGAUAUUUUAAGUCUCUCCACUUCUUAUU